AUGGCCGACAGAUACUCAUUCUCUCUCACAACUUUCAAUCCGAGCGGAAAGCUCGUCCAAAUAGAAUAUGCACUUGCUGCCGUCAAUCAAGGUGUCACCUCAUUAGGAAUCAAAGCAACGAAUGGCGUCGUCCUCGCAACCGAAAAGAAGUCUUCUUCUCCCCUUAUAGAUCCCCCUUCGCUCUCCAAAGUUUCUCUCAUUUCUCCAAACAUCGGCAUGGUCUAUUCAGGCAUGGGUCCAGAUUACCGUGUACUAGUUGACCGGGCGCGAAAAGCGUCACAUACGAAUUACAAGCGUGUGUACAACGAAUAUCCUCCCACCAGGAUUCUCGUACAAGACGUUGCAAGGGUCAUGCAAGAAGCAACGCAAAGUGGUGGUGUGCGACCUUAUGGUGUUUCUUUGCUCAUAGCUGGCUGGGACGAUGGCGUCUUACCGGAAGAUGAGGAAGCAGAAAAAGGGCAAACUGAGGCAGAGAAGAUGGUGAUCGAGGAGGAGGGUAAAGGUGGUAACGGGAGAAAAACCGGAGGAAUAUUGAAAGGAGGCCCAAGUCUAUACCAGGUAGACCCGUCAGGAAGCUACUUUCCAUGGAAAGCGACAGCCAUUGGGAAGAGUGCGACAUCGGCGAAGACAUUUUUGGAAAAAAGGUAUAAAGAUGAUUUGGAGCUGGAGGAUGCGGUACAUAUCGCACUUCUGACGUUAAAGGAAACAAUAGAAGGUGAGAUGAAUGGAGAGACUGUUGAGAUAGGCAUUGUCGGUGAACCGGCAAAUGACCUACUCGGCUUCGAAGGUGUGGAAGGGGCUGUUGGGCCAAGAUUUCGAAAGUUGAGCAAAGAAGAGAUUGAGGAUUACUUGACAAAUCUUUGA